AUGGCGACGCAGGGGUUUCAUUAUCUCUGUCGCCACCCGAAUGUCUUCCGCGUCCCCACUCGCGACGAGCCGCUCCUGACGCACCCGUUUCCUCCCGAGCUACUCGAUCCCGCGGAGCCUCAAAAUCUCUCUGAGACCUGCGCAGCAUACAGCUGUCCCCCCGCGCCUUUGUCUGCGGGCGCUCCCCCUCGGCGUGCGUCCUAUGCGUCUUCGUACCGUGUGACUGGUGUCGCCUUCCACCACACAGAAGACCUCUUUGCUGUUGCGCUUCGCGUCACGUCCCCCGCGGCGUCAGCGUCAGCCGCUUCGUCGGCGGAUCGAGUCUCUGCCGGGACUGCGGCUGCAGCGUCUUCGGCGUCCGUCGUUCUAGCCGCGCCCGGUUCAUCUGGCUUGUCCGCGAUCUCUUCGGCGGAGACGGGAGACGAACACGCGUCGACGCCGCGUCCCGAGGUCUCAGCGGCAAACCAGCAACCGACUGCAUUCUCAGCCGCACUGCGCGCAGAGGCAAACCCGCAAGGCUGCGUCUCGCCGCGGGGCGCAGACGUGCCUACGGCAGAAGCUGCCCCCGAGGCGCCGCGCGCGCAGGAGGGGGGUGAGACUCUGCCUGAGAGACGCCAAAUAGAGUCUGCGCGGCGCGGAGAGGAAAGACGGGGGAUCGAAGCGGCCGCGGCAGAAGGCGAGGCAAGCUGCGAUGAGGCGAGCGCCCAGACAAGGGACGCAGAGAAAUGGACUGAGGCCGAAGGAGGACGGGAACCCCAUAGCAGCGAUCACCGAGAACCCCCGCGCACAGAGGGCGAGGGAGGCGGCGCUGAGAAGCAGGGGCGCCAGCCAUCAGCGGGCGAAAGGCCACGCUCGCCCGACAGGCGGCAGCCGCAGAGCGUAAUCGCAGAUGAUUUCAGCGUCUCUGUGGCUUCGCAUGAAGAUGCAGAAGGCGACAAUGAGCUUUUGCACAAAGCACCACUCGAAGAACCGCCUGAAAGCCAGGUCUCCCUCCGCAAUAACUCUCCGUCUCCGCGCUCCCUCUGCGCGUCUCUCAAUUCUUCGCGUGCCGCUUCCGAGCCGGUCAGCGUCCCGCCUGACUCCGGCUCUCUGGUGUCGCCGUGUGUCACGGCCCCCGCGCCUGCAGUUUCAGACAACCUUCCGCCAUCAUCCGCUUCGUAUGCAUGCGCCUCGACCGCGGUGGCGGCUGCGCCCGACUUGGGGGACGCGUCGCUCAGUGCGUCGCAGGCGCCGCGUGCGGCUGGCGAUUCUGGCGCGCCGGACUCGUCGGCGCCGGCGUCGUCCCGUUCGUCCUUCACUGUGUUGGUCCUCUGCGACAGUGUGACGCGCUCGGCGAUCACCUCGUGGCGGCUGCCCUGCGCCCGCAGAAUGGCGGCGGCGGCUGCAGGCGCUGGCGGGGCAGCAGCGCCGGCUCGGGGGGGGAGUGAGGCGCGGACGCGAGAGCCGAUCGAUGCCUCGCCGCAUGAGCCAGGCGGCGCAUGCCACCUCGCCUUUACGCCUGACGGCGGGCACUUGGCGGUCACCGACGAGGCGUACGAGAGCCUCUUUGUUUUUCGCCUUCCCGUGCCGUGUCUGCUGUUGCAUCCGCCGGUCGGUUCGCGAAGAGGCGACUGCGAAGGGACUCGGACCGGCGCUAGGCCUCGAGGCGCGCCGCGCGACUCCGCGCGAGACGAGGCGAGCGUGAAACUCGUGGCGGCGCUUCGCUUCGAGAGUCAAAGGGGGGAAGGCAGCGAAGAGGCUGAGGCGGGCGCCCGAGAGUCCUCCCCAAGACAUGGCAGCGACAACACGCCACUGCAUGCGCGGAUUGCGUGGCUGUUUCCGUUCAGCGGGGCUCGUCAAGGACGCGCGCGGAGCCCGAUCGAGUCAGCACACGCAGAGCCGAAAGCAAACCGAGAUUCGCGGGGUUCGCUUCCGUCGUCUUUUCAGACGUCGCGCGCGCUGACAGCGCCUCCAUCCGAAAGGCGCUCUGCGACACCCGCGCCGCCGCCUUCGCAGCCUGCGCCCGCAGCAGAGCGGAACGGCGUCUCCGCGCGAGCGGCUGAAGCCGGCGCGCAGAGUGCCCUUCGGAUAGAGGACGACGGGCGCAGCAAGCAAGCGACGACGAGAGAGAAUCACUCUCCAGGCCGGGAAGGCGACGCUGCUGCUGCAUCACCCGAGGACGGCCUGGGAGAGGAAGCAGGCAGCCUGUUUGGCGACAAGCCGCUCAUCGCAGGUGACAGGAACGAGGCGAUAGAGGGCCGCAGCGUCGGCAAGCAGUUUGGCGAUCCUGGCGCGCAGGGAGACAACAGAGGCAGCGAGAACGACGAGGAGGCGGGUGAAGAGGACGCUGCCACCGACGCCCAUGAGCUCCAGAGGACGCGGAGCAGAAAGCGGCAACGAGAAGGUGACGGCGCCGCGCGACCCUGCCGGGGCGCAUUCCUGCAAGUUCUCUGGGUUCAAGAGGCAGUGAACGAAGGCAGAGAUGCGCGACACGAAGCUGGAAACCUGCAACAGGGGCGCCGCACAGAAGAGGUAAAGCGGCAGGAUUCCCAGGGGCCAGACGAUCGGGAGGGAGAGGGAGACCUCACAGACAAACACGAAAACAGCCGGCGUGCAUCGGGAAGCUGGAGCUGCGCCUGCUGCGGCCACAGCUCAGGGACGCGGCGCAUGCAUGGCGCCUGGCGAGAAAUCGACAGCCUGUCUGAGAAGCCAAACGAGCGCAAGAAAAGACGAUUCGAUGCGGAUCGACCUGGGCGGCCGACUUCCUCCCCUCAGCCGGUGGACGGCGAAGAACCUGAGGACAGGCGAGUAUUUCCUCAGGUAGGGUCGUCCGUGCCUGCCAAUGUGCGAAUCGCGAAAGGCGCCUCCUCGCACGGGUUUCGUGAGGAGGCUGCAAUCUCGCCGCGUUCUGCCGUCUCGCAGCUCUCCAACGCUGCUCGCCCCGAGCCUGCGUUCUCCCCAGCGUUGUCAUUCGCAACGGCGGAUGACUCCUCAUCGUGCACGUCGGCUGCCUUGCCUUCUGCGACUGUCGUCGUUGCAGCCGCGACGCCUGGUGAGCCGCCGCUUCUCAUCGCUUUCUGCUCGCGGUGCGGAGCUAUUCGUCCCCUCGGCGAGGCACGCGGUCGGCCUGUCGCCUCGUCCGCGGGGGGCGGCGCACUGGAGCCCCGGCGCGCGGGGUCGCCGCCGCCCUCUGCCGAAGAGGCUGCCGCGUCGCCUCCUGCGGGCGGGGCGCCAGGCGACGGAGGUGGGGCCGCUGAAGCCCUCCCCGCGCCACAGAUCGAAAACAGCCAUCUGAGUUCGGUGACCUCUGUGAUCUUUGUACCUCCGCCGUCUCAGUCGCAGCCGCAGCCGCAGUCGCUCACCGCGUCGCCCUCUUGUCCCUCGGUCGCGUCGUCGGGCUGCUCUGCGGGCGCUCUCUCGCGCUUGCCGUCUCCCCCUUUUCAGCUGCUUGCGUGGCCUGCGCUGGUGGCGCGGAGGGUCCCCGGUCCCGCGCCCCUCGCCGUGGAGCUUCGGCAGAAUGCCGCUGCGAACCGCGUCGCCUACCGCACGCUGAUUCACUGGAUGCGCGCGCUCGUUUCCGUCCGGGCGCUUAUCGCUGAUGCGCAGGGGGCUGCGCCGUCGCCGGCGGCGUCUCCGCCGACCAGCCCGCCUGUCAAGAAGCAGGCGACGGCCGCCAGUGGAAAAGAGGCGGCGCACAGCGAACACGACAGGACACCGCUGUGCGCCUCGCCUUCCCACAAGCGAAAACCGGCGUCGCUCGCUGGAACGCCGAAGAAGGCGAAGGGCGACAAGCUCCUGUCAGAGGGAUCGGCAGGCGACCGCGACAGGCGCGACGACGACACCGCAGAUUGCGAAGCGCAAUCGGGGGCGCACACGAAGAAGAUAGGAGCGCGGAACCUUCGGCUGUGCAGCAGCCGCGAAGCGUCUUUCUUCCGGACGCUCCUCGCGCAGGCCGCCGCACCUGUUGGCCUUCCCUCCGAGCAGAUGGUAAAAGAGAUGAUGGGGACGGCUCUGUAUUCCUGGUUCGCGCGCGCGUUCGUCGUCGACUUUGAAAAGGCUUUUCCGCUUCAGGCGCGGGCGCUGCGAGAUCCAGACAUGCGCAUUGUGGCAGGCGAUCGGCCUUCGCCUCGCGGCGAAUCCGCAGCGAUGACACAGGCCGAGGACUCCAUCAGCUCCUUACGUGCGGUCGCAGAUCUCUCACACUGGUGGUGGUCUGUGGCGCAUACGCACGACGACUUCCUGCACAUCUGCGACGCCCACACGGGCGCGGUGCUCACGCAGAUUGACCUCCUCAUGGGAGGCAGCGGAUUCGCGUCGUUCGCAACAGCCCCGUCCGACACAGGCCACGACCGGCUGGGUCAUGCGGAGACACCGCGGCAGCCGGCACUCUCCACGAGCGCGCAGGGCGACGCACGCUGUGCCGCCUCUUCCAGCGCAGCGAGCCAGCAGUCCGCAGGCCGGACUGAGAAGACCGCGCGGCGCCCCCCGCGAAAGCCGUCGCUGACCUGGACGUAUCAGCUGCAGCAAACGGGCUCCGCGAGAGGUGCGCUCUCACUCGACUGCAAACGCGUUGCCGUCAGCCAAGAUCGAUCGUGCGUCGCGGCGCUCACUUGGGCCAUGGAUGGCCUCGCCGUCCUCGAACUCAGCGUCUGCGAACUCGUCGCCGCUCCGCCCUCGAGCGGCGGCGCACCGGCGGUCUCGUCGCCUUCGCGCGAACACCCGGCGUCUUCGGCGGCCGCGUCGUGGGCGUGGCGGGCGUCUCCAGGCUUGCCAUCGCCGUCAGCAAGCGGCGGAUUGUAUCCUCACCGCCCGCUCUCGCACGCGCCUGAAGCAGCUUUAAGAGACAGCGAACGAUCUCAAGCAGAGUCGCAGGCCGCGGACGCGUCGCCCCAGACACACCUCGAUGCCCUCGGACGAGGAGUCCGCGUGAGGCGGCAAAACUGGAUUCCGCUGUUUCGCGGGGCGACGCUCGCGUUCACAGACGAGCGGAUUCCGUCGCGGCAGCUCGUGCUCGCUCAAAGCGCCAAGAUGGGCGGCCGCAUUUUCGUUCUGGACUGGGACAGCCUUUUCUUCCAGCCGUCGCCUUCUGAUCCGCUCCCCCCGGCCUUCGCCCGCGCGCGACUCGUGCACGCGUUGCUCGUUGCGCCGCCGGGCUCUGCGAAGCGCAGCAGGCAGUCGGCGUUCGAGUCUCACAGCGACGCCAACGCGGCCGGCGCGCGUGCGACGAAAAAGAAGGCCAGCCGACACGCGACUGCCGAGGCGAAGCAGCGGAGUGCAGGCCGCCUGGCGGCGCUUGCCGCGCAUCCCGCGACGCUCGCGAUCCUCGAGACCCCGGAGAGGCGAGGCGUGAAAGAAGUUUUCACUCUCCCUCGCCAUAGCGCGUUCUGCUGCAUGCUGGAGGUGUGUCCCAGCCGCCAUCCCGCGCAAGCGGUCGCCUUUUCUUCACCGGUCUCCGUUUCCUCUUCCCUCGCCUCUUGCUCUUCGCUGUCUCGCGCCGCGCUGUCGCUCGCCGCGGCGGAGGCGCCGCCGGCGACGCAGGGGCAGCAGCCACGCCUGUCGGCGGUCUCACCGCAGGGCCGCAAAGAAGACUCGCCGCUGCUUCUAUUCCGCGUCGAGGGCGGGCAGUGCGGCGGGGUGCCGGUCGUCAGCCAGUACAGCAUCUUCCAGCAGCUGCUCAGUUUCCACGAGAAACAGGAACUCAGCGGCGAAGACUUGGAUGGCACGACUUCCUUCUUCUUCAGGCAGUUCGCCAGAGAAGUGUCUCAUGUCAGCUGGCUGAAAGCUGAGGACGCGAUUCUCCGCAGUCGAACGCACUUCCGUCUGACUCUUCCUUCACCGCUGGCGUUGCGGCCUCGGGGGACGCGCGCGGCCUCUGACGCCCCCUCUACGGCGUUUAGGCUCCUGGAGACGGACACCGCGCGCUCACAGGACACCGCUGACUCCACCCCCAAGGUCGCGCUGCUCCCGAUCUGCUCACCGCUGCUCAUGGCACCGCAGUUCACCACGCCCUUCACCGCUCCGAGCGCCGACUCGGGUCUUCCUCCGUCGCCGUCGCCGUCGGCAUCCUCAUCCGCUGCGUGGACGCGCUGGCGGUCGCGGCGCGCGUGUCUGCGUCGGUGGGAGCACGCUGUAUGGACGGCAGCUGAUCGCAGGCGAAGCGGGCAGGCGCGCGACGACGCGUACCCUCAACAUUCCUGCGCGGACUUCUUCCCGGAGGCGAAGGAUGCUCAUAGCGAUCUCAGGCGUCCCGCCGAGGAGGCGGCGCCUGCACCACCGGCUGACUACGACGUGACUGCACCAGAGUCCCCAGAGGAGUGCGUCGGAGGCGGAGGAUCGACUGCACGAGGCCAGCAGGGCGCGAGCGACGGGCGUGCGACUGACGACAAGAAGGCGAGUUCGAGCUUCGAUGCCACCACCGCGAGUCUCGAAGAACUUGUUGACGCGCUCUGGGAGACGCAGGAAGUCUGCACCCCUCAGUCAGACCCCGGGAGCGUUUCGGCACCGGCGCUGGCGCCUUCUUCCUUCAGAUCUGCGUCCGCGCGGCCGGCUUCUCAGGGCCGCGCCGGCUUCUACUCCGCGGACGAAGGCCCCGCGACCCUCGAGGCGGGGCGCGUAGACGCACCGGCGCCGCGCCGCGCGACGACGGGCGGUGAAGGAGGAACCGCAUCUCGAGAAGGGAAACUCCCACGCAUGCGCGAGAAUGCCGCCACCGUCCACCGCCUGGGCCCGGCUGUGCUGGAUCAGUGGCUGCAGCAGAUUACUUCCGCAGAGCUGUGUUGA